GAAGUGAGUGAGCAUUUCCGGCGGCCAUCCCCGCGGCGCUGACACCGCCACACUACGGCUGUCCCAGGGUCUUCUUGCCGUCAUGAAGGACGUUCCUGGCUUCUUACAGCAGAGCCAGAGCUCCGGGCCCGGCCAGGCCGCCGUGUGGCACCGUCUGGAGGAGCUCUACACGAAGAAGUUGUGGCAUCAACUGACACUCCAGGUGCUUGAUUUUGUGCAGGACCCAUGCUUUGCCCAAGGAGAUGGCCUCAUUAAGCUUUAUGAAAACUUCAUCAGUGAAUUUGAACACAGGGUGAAUCCUUUGUCCCUGGUAGAAAUCAUUCUUCAUGUAGUUAGGCAGAUGACUGAUCCUAAUGUGGCUCUUACUUUUCUGGAAAAGACUCGCGAAAAGGUGAAAAGUAGCGACGAGGCAGUGAUCCUGUGUAAAACUGCGAUUGGAGCUCUAAAAUUAAACAUUGGGGACCUACAGGUCACAAAGGAAACAAUUGAAGAUGUUGAAGAGAUGCUCAACAACCUCCCUGGUGUGACAUCAGUUCACAGUCGUUUCUACGACCUCUCCAGUAAAUACUAUCAAACAGUCGGAAACCACGCGGCCUACUACAAAGAUGCCCUGCGGUUUCUGGGCUGUGUCGACAUCAAGGAUCUGCCAGAAAUUCUUUUUCAGAUGACUUUCACACGACCUGCCAAUCACAGACAACUCACUUUUGAAGAAAUUGCCAAGAGUGCUAAAAUCACUGUGAACGAGGUGGAGUUGCUGGUGAUGAAGGCGCUCUCGGUGGGUCUGGUGAAAGGCAGCAUUGAUGAGGUGGAUAAGCGGGUUCACAUGACCUGGGUGCAGCCCCGAGUGUUAGAUCUGCAGCAGAUCAAGGGGAUGAAGGACCGCCUGGAAUUCUGGUGCACCGAUGUGAGGAGCAUGGAGAUGCUGGUGGAGCACCAGGCCCACGAUAUCCUCACCUAGCGCCCCCCACCUCGCCCAUUUGUGGCAGCUGAGAAGAUCUGCAUUUAAUUGGGGAUGGGGGGUGGGAUUCUGUUUGUGGAGUGGGGACUGUUCUUCCUGCUGUGAAAACAGGACUAUCACUGAUAGGGGGCCUGGCCGCAGAGAGAAGCCUCCUUUGUGGGUUUCUCCCGUAGCCCACAGUGGGGAGGGGUCACGGGUCUCCGGUGACGAGGCGGGCAAGAGUGUGCAUGUGCCCCAAGGAAUGAGAAGGAGUAGCUCUGAAGUGUGUGGGGACACCACUUGGAGGCUCAUCUCCAUUACAUCCACCUGUGUGAACAUCUCUGGUGUCAUAUGAGAAUGUUCCUAUAAUAAACGCCUUUGUUUUGUCCUU